UUGUGUGGAAUGCGCAGCUCGAUCUAAAAAAACUCGAUCCCAAAUUCUCGAACAAAUCGAUCGUUUCCAAAAUUUCCAAAAAAAAGGUGACAUUUCUGCAUCCUCACCGUUUUCUUUAAUGAAACGAUGCCGGUUUUCUUCGUCGAUCAGUGAAGUUUCUUACACUCGUUAAUGGCAAUCUCAGGAAAUUUCCUAAAUUGAAUGCAGUAAAAGCAAUACAAAGGAUUUUGAAACGAUGAUGGAUGCCUCAUGGGUAAAAUUAUGUCUUGCGCUAAUCGCAUUUUCAUAUCAUAUCCCAUACGUUGUCUGUGUUAAAGAACCGAGGAAAUAUUUACAAAACGAUCUAUCUGGAAUGAACAUUACAGCUGAUAUGGAGUCCUCGAUUAAGCUAAAUGAUACCAUUGUGGAUGCAUACCCUUUAUCUCGUUCAGUAGUGCCUUUAAACCAGAAUAAGAUGAGUCAAACCAAGUUAAAAUUACAAAAUGAGAGCCUCAACGGAAAAAAGCUAACAGCUCGAUUAAGCAGUGUUGAUAAUAUUCAGAUUGAAGCCGAACAGCACAAAGAGGAUAUUGCUUCUGUAACCACAGCUACCAUUAAAGGAAUAUUGAAGCCAGGAAUUCAACAAACGGAAGAUCCUCCCACAAACGAAAGUAACGUAAAUAAUAGUCUGACACGAAUUCAAAACUCCGCUGUAAAUGAUCAAAUAACCGAUUCCAUUAACUUCGAUUCGCCGGAGCCCUCCGAGGCAGAAAUGAACAAUACUUUGAAGGAACACAACAUUACAAAAUCAUUUGAAGAUAAUCAUCUAUAUUAUAAGAGCUCUUGGUCAAGCGAUCGUAAGAUAAGUGACGUAUUUUGGCAGAAACAUGCUGAAAAUCUUACUAUCAAUAAGCUGUUAUCUAAUUCGCAUCGGCGAGCAACGACCAUGCUAUUAUCCUUUGAUUUUCCUUAUUAUGGAUUUCCCAUACGGAAUAUUACCAUUGCAAGCGGUGGAUUCCUAUAUACUGGAGACUACGUUCAUUCUUGGCUAGCCUCCACUCAAUAUAUUGCUCCAUUAAUGGCUAAUUUUGAUACGGCUUUAUCGGAUAAAUCGUUUGUUAAAUAUAGCGAUGAUGGGCAAACGUUUACUGUAGUAUGGGAGAAUGUUUUUUUGCAAGACCGACCUAAUAAUGGCUCGUUCACAUUUAGUGUAAUGUUGAAUAAGUCAGGUGAUAUAGUGUUUGCAUACAAAAAAAUUCCCAUAGAUAUUCAACAAAUCAUCGAUAACCCGUCUACCAAGCAUCCAGUAAAAAUUGGACUUUCAGAUGCAUACAUAAUUGACAAAACGAUCAUACGGACAAAACAAAAAACAAUUUACGAAUACCAUAGGGUAAACUUUGGCCAAUCGGAAGUACGAAAUGGAACAAUUAUUACGCUUACAGCGCUUCCUACCUGUUUUUCGUUUAAUGACUGUGGAUCCUGUAUUUUGCACGUGGGGGCAGAUUUUAAGUGUCUCUGGUGUCCAACCAUUAAUCGUUGUUCCACUGGCACCGAUCGAAAGCGACAAGAUUGGAUACAGAAGGGAUGCGACAAAACCAUAAUUUCCGAUGAAACCCAAUGCCCGGCCAUAGGGCAGAAAGGAAACAAUUUUGGCGAGCUUAUUGAAAUAACGACGCACAUAUUUGAUAUCCAUAAUGUCUCGCACGACUAUCGCAAGUUAUCUUCACAUAACAAUGCAACUGCAACUACACAAGUUUUAACAGAAUCGUCUAAAACUAUUAGCACGGAAAGGACAAUAGAGAAGAUUGACAAUGUGAAUAAAGUGCAUACAUAUCAUUCCGAGCCGCAUCAUGCUUCUUCGAGCAGCAACUUAUUAGUUUCGAUGUUGAUUCUCCUAGUAAUAUGCUUUGCUUGUAUUGCCUGGAUAGUAUACGCUUAUCGAAACCCGCACACGAAGAGUGGACAGCUUCUGAUAAGGUAUCGCCCAAACAAGUGGUCAUGGCGACGCGGAGAAGCCCGAUACACUGCCGCAACAAUUCACAUGUGAGUUUGAAGGCCACACUGAGUAGCUCGUUAAGCCUGUUAUCCGUCCAGUUCUCCAGCAUCUUAAGUUUCUAUUUGUGAUCAUGUCGCUGUGUAGUGCGUAUAUCCUCCAUUGUAAUUUUUCAAGUUAAAAUUUUUCGUACUGUUGCACAUAGUUAGCAUUGAUGUACAUUUAAUAAUUUAACAAAAAUAAUACAUAUUUCCUUUGACGCAGUAGAGACCACAGAUAGAAGUAUAGAAAAGACAAUAUUGUUUCUAUGAAAAUUAAGAUAGCCACUAGCUUUUCGGGGCAAUGGUCAAGAUGUGCUAAAAUUAAGAAAUAAUGUGCAAUUAUAUGCAAUUCUAAAUCAAAUUAGUAUAAAAAAUACAUAGCAGUAGAAAACAACAAAUACCGAAGUAAUCAUAUCGAUAAAAAAUAAAGUAAAGACAGCAAAAGUGCAUCGGAAAGCUA